GUCGGUGUCCUGGAAAGAGGCCUCCCAGCGGGCGCGGGCGCGGCGGACGAAGGCGCCCAAGGGCGACGGCUCCACGUCCAAGGCGCUUCAUGAAUGUUCUUCAUGGAACUAUGGCAACGUCCCGGGCAACUGGUCCAAGUAUGAGCUCGAGAGGGCGGUGGAGAACGCCCGCAUCGGCGUGCCGCGGGGCCCCUGUGCCGCGGAUGAGCAUGCCGGCCCGGGCGACCACACCCGAGGUAUCCGUGCGAGCGCCCCACACUUCAGCGCUACCUCCCACAGCUUGGGCCAGGUGGAGUCUGGCCUGGACAAGAGGUUCGCGGUGGAGCUCGCCGAGGUCAACCGAGAUGCACGAGUGCAUGAGGCAGACAAGAACUUCAAACGACAGGAGGGUGAUUUGUCCUUGGGCAUCGUGAGCAAGGAGCCCUUCCACAAGUCGACGAUGUCCGAGUUGGGCGAGGGCCAGAAGUUCACCACGCCGGAGUACGGCUCUCCGGACAAGUUCCAUUUCCUCUCCAAGGCCAUAUUCUUCGACCAGCCGGAUUUGCAGGCGAAGAAGUCGCAGGAGGGAGACCAUUGCCUCGGGAUCAAGGUCAACAAGCCCCACUACGUGAGCACCUACUCAGAGUUGGGCAACAUCCCGGGAUGGCGGCAGAAGCGCUAUGACUUCGGCGUGGUCGCAGACACCCGCUAUCGGAUGUGGACCGCCUUUGCUGCGUGUUUCGUGUCAGCAGCUGCGUACAAUCGACAGCAGCAGUUUGUGCAGGUCUUGGUGGAUUCCAGCGCACACAGCGGCUCCUCACGACUGGUGAGGUCUGAGAUGCUGCAGAUUCCAAGUCUUCUGGCGGAUCCCAAACCAAUUCAGGUCCGAUUUAGUCUGUUACAGCCCAGCAAUGACACCGAGAGCCUGUUGAACACGCAAGUGCCCUUCUUGCAGAACUCACUCUGUUGGGCAGAGAAGAACCUGGCAUCGGCACUAAUGGCCAGUCAGUUUGGACAUCCUGAGUAUGUGGUCUACACGGACAACCACACGCAUUCCUAUGCCCAAGAGAUCUUUCGCAGACUUCCGUGGAACCGCUAUGACUUGGUGAAUUUGGAUUUAGAUCCCCGCGAUGCCCAACGGCUCCAGCCCUUCCGCAGACAGCGGAAGGACUUCGACGAUAAGAACUGGGCCUCGGUGCGACGGACGCUGGCG